AUAUCUACUUGAACGAUAAUGUCGUUGUCACAAUUCUCAAACUCACGAUUUCCCGAGAUUAGAAAAUGUGACCGAGAGAUUCCUUUUCACUUGAGGAACUGCGGUCUUCCGGACGCUUGGCAUCUAGCGAUCAAGGGUUGAAAAAAUGACGACACUAACUGCUGAAGAAUUAGAAAGUACCAAAAACGAAGCGCUAACAAUAUGCCAAGAUUUUUUAGGAGAUAUUUGGAGUGAACUGUCGAUAUCUGAUUUUGAAUUUUCUAUUGUAAGUGGAGGAUUGUCCAACAACCUUUAUCGCUGCGCCCUUUCAGACAACAUCAUUGUGAAAAACCCGAAAAUCCCCAGACAGGUCCUCCUCAGGAUUUACGGGCCACUGCAAGAAGAUGUAAAUGUUGUUGUCACGGAAGCAGCAACUUUCAUGCUUCUGGCUGAGAGGAAAUUGGGGCCGAAAUUGUAUGGGGUAUUUCCCAAUGGGAGAUUGGAAGAAUUUAUUCCAUCUCGAACCCUUUUAUGCAAAGAUUACAGAUUGAUGUAUGCAACAAUAGCACGAAAACUGGCUAAAAUCCAUGCUCUGGACGUGCCAAUAAAGAAGACUCCGGACUUCUUUCCAGUCAAUAUGAAGAAAUGGCUGGCUGAUGUCGAAAACGAUUCAAAAGAAAAGAAAAACAAAAUUUUUGAACAUUCAGACAUGUAUAAUGAGGAAAUAAAUUGGCUUUCAGAAGAAAUGAAAAAAUCCAAUUCACCUGUGGUGUAUUGUCAUAACGAUCUUCAAGGAGGUAAUAUAUUAUUGCGUGAAGAUUCUCCAUCAGAUGAAGAGCCCAAAAUUAUGCUGAUCGACUUUGAAUUUGGAGCAUACAACUACAGAGGAUUCGAUCUGGCUAAUCAAUUUGCUGAAUGGUGUUUCGAUUAUAAUACUGGUGAAUAUCCAUAUUUCGAAUACAAUUCUGAAAAAUUCCCCACUAAAGAAGAACAAAUCUCAUACAUCAGAGUUUAUCUAGAUCAGCUGGUGGAAGAAGGGGUCCUCCGACCAGAAUCUAUAGAGAACGAGAUCAAGGUCAUUCUACAAGAAAUCGAUUUAUUCAGCAUGGCAGUUCAUCUUCUUUGGUCACUCUGGAGUUGGAAAAUGACUUUUCGAUCAUGCAUGGACUUUGCCCACAGAGAACAUGGCAAAACAAGACUAAGUGUCUUUAUGACGCUUAAGAAAAAGUUCCUGAGUCGGGCGCUUGUGAAUGGUGAUUCGGAGCCCUAAUUAACAAUUCAAGGUUGAAUACGAUAAAGAUCACUGUUGAAAAAAUAUUCGGUUAAAAAUUAAAUUCAUUAACCGAACCUACAAAAUGACUAGGGGAAACACCUUGAGGAAUGAAGCAUGUCAUUUAAAUCGAAGCUUUAAACAGAGGAAACUGCCAAACUGAAUCUGACAUUAGUUUUGUAACUUUGCUAUAAACUGUAUAGUAUAUUUAUAUUUUUAGUAUCUGCUUAAGUAAAUUAAAGAAUAUUAUUCUAAAUAUUUUUGUAUUUAGCUUUUAUCACUACUUAUCGAAAUUGUAUGGUUAUUACUUUUAUCAUUAUCUUGAUGAAUUCACAACUAUAUGUAUUUGCCAUUCUAAAUCUUCAGUUUAUUUCUCCUUCAGUUUUAUAUUUAUAAAUAAAAAAAUGUAUUACAAUAUAGUUAAAUCUUACAGCACUUUGAAAAGUAAAAAUUAAUAUUUUUUAAAAGAACUUACAGUCACGACAAUGACAAUGUACGAAUAGAUGACUUUGUAGUAUGACAUAAUAGAUGACUUGGUUCACUUAUCUGGUUAUAUAUUUCUGUUCCUAGCUUUUACUUCAAGCUUGAGAAAAAAGAGAGCAUGGGCAUUUAGUUGUUCAUGUUGUUUUGAUGAAAAAAACUAUAUGAAAAAUCAUUUUACUAUUUCUAUGUGGAUAUUUUGUGAUGAAUUUAAAUCGUACAUGAAAAUCCCGCGUUGUUCGGAUUAGUUUUUAACACAAUAGAGGGAGAAUUAUAUGAAAUCGGAAAUAUUCUUUAAAUGCUACUCAUUUUGUUAUGCAAAUCGAUCAUUGCUCUCAUAACCAAGAGCAAUCUCGAAAAAUUUCAGCAAAUCGUAAAAAAUAUAGUUUGGAGACUUUAUAAUAAAGUUACUUAUUAUUCAAAAAAAUUUAAGUAUAAACUUUCUGAUUCUAAUAUUUCCAUUACUACAAAUCAUUUCUUUGUCCGGUGAUUUAAAAUUUUGAAGUCUUAACAUAGUGAUACUAUAAUUUUAAAUAGCUCAACUUUAUUCAACGAUUUAGAAAUCUAGUCCUAACGAUUUCGCUUUAUCUAAAGAUUCGAAAGGUCAGUUUUCCUCUCACAGUGCCAUCUUCUAACAACUGAAUUCAGAAUAUCCUCUUCUAAGGACUAGUUGAAAUGUAACCUCAGAUUAAAUCCUUUUAUUUUCCUCUAAUAACUAACUAAAACUAAAUUCACAUAUUAAGUAUUAAAUAUAAAAAUGGUAGAAGCUUCAAUUUAGACUUAAGACUUCAGUGUUAUUUAAUGAUUUAUUUGAAACUUUUGUACAGGUGACUCCACUGUAUUCGAUUAUGACAUCAACCUGAACUUAUUUAAACUCUGCACAGUAUAUAAUCAAUGUCUUACCACUAAUUUCGUUUCAUAUCAUGACUAAAUGGGAACUGGAACAAACACCAAUAAUUUUUUUUUCAUCCUGUUGGUGUUUCAACGCGGUUCAGAGUGUGAAAUGAUUAAUCUCAUCAGCAGUUAGAAACUAUGUAAAAGAACACGGCAUAAAACCUCAUUUCAACAAGGCUUCAAAAAAAUGAAUUAUAGCGCUUAUAAAAGGAUAUUUCCACAGGGUGUUACAAAACUCAAAUUAUUAUUAGACAUAUAUAUAUAUAUAUAUUCAAUAAUUCUCCUGAGAAGCAGUUUAAAAUUUGUGGGCCCAAUUGCCUAUAACACUUUUCGUUCAAUUUGUGAAAAAAAAGUAUCUCAUGAAAGGACAUUUAUCUGAUCAGUCACUUGAGUGACAUUUGAAGUAGUCUGUAAGGUAUAUGUCCUUGAAUUUUAAAUAUUUAUUUCUUUGAUUUCUUAUCGCCUGUCUAGUGCUUUUUAUUUUCAAUAUAGACAAUGAGAUUUAACUUUAUCUGAUUGCAUGUCAAGAGAAUGAAUGCUGCUAAAUGUAUUUAUGGUUACAUUGUCGAAAAUAUUUUUUUAUAUAUUUAAACUAUCUUACCUGUGAUAUAUUCUCUUAUGUACGUUUUAUUUAAUUUUGUAAAAAACAAUUAAAAUUUCUUAGCUGGUUUCUGUUUGUAAUAUAUAAAGCACUGGAUUCUAGGUGUCGUUAUUUUUUUAAAUACUGUUAAAAUUGAGAUAAACUUAUUUCUUAAAAGAUAAUAUAUUUGCAGCAUUCCUACUUUAUUAACUCAAAAUGUACUAAUAUUAAAAGCAUGCUUAUGAGCUUCAUUUUGAAAAGGAAUUUGAUAUUUUAUAUUUCAUAAGAAUAAAAGUGACUUUACUUGGCAUUUAUAUUUAUUUUUAUAAAAGAGAUAUCUAUAUUGAGAAAAUAUAUACUCUACCUAUUUUCAUCAUCUAUAAUGAGAUAGCUCUUUACAUUUCCUCAAAAAGAAUUAGACUAUAAUUGGUUUAUUUAACCUUAUGCACUGCAAGCAUUGUGCAUUGUAAUUUUUUAAAAUAUGUAUUCUUAUAUAUUUUUCCUUUCUAUAUUAGAAUUCAAAAGGAAACUAUACAGUGAACAUUUGUAAUGUACAAUUAGAAAUGAAAAUAUUUCUAGCACAUUAAUAUAGUUUUUUACUUAGAGUCACUUUUGAACUAAUUGGAACAUCCAUGUUAUGUUUUAUCAGAUCUCAAUACAUUAUAGACAUUAGUGAUGCUUUUAUAUGUAAUUUUUAUACGCUUUUUAUCUUUUUAUAUAUCUUUUAGAC